AGCAGCUGAUGAAGAUCACUGCCAACUCCGAUGACGACGAAGCCAACGACGACUACGAUGGGGAUCAGUGGGUUCCGCUUAAAAUUUUCUUUUAAACAAGUGAAGGCUUCGAAACGAUGGUUAAUAGAUAUUUCACUUUCAACGCGGUCGGUUCGAUGAGCGAAAGGUGAAUUCCUGAUACGUUUUUUUUUUUUGUUGUUUUUAUAUUUUCGUAUUUAAUUUCGUAAGACUCAUUGUAAACAAGUUCCAUUUAAUUACGGUCUUAAAGAUGAACUGGCUUAUUUUAUCGGGUGUGAUUGUUAUAAUUGGUGUUUUCACUGUUGUGCUCGUUGAGUGUCGGUGGUAUCAAAAUGGACUGAUAUUUUAUGAUAUCGAAACCAAACAAAUUAUUCUUCCGCCAACUGUUUCGAUUCAUCGUGCGCGAAGUUUGAAUAUGCCAAAUAUGCCAAUUUUCUCUACGCUGGGGAAACCAUGCACUUGUCAAGGAUUAAAGUGCGGAUGUUGUGCUGGGCUUGAAGUUCGGGAAUAUAAUUUUAAUCAGAAAAUGUGCGCUAAUGUGACCUAUGUCCCAGAGAAGAGAGAAGCAUUACUCGAUGUGUUUCUUAACGAGAUGAACGGAGCCCGAUAUGGAAUUUCAGCUCGAAAUCCAUCACCCAUAUGUGUCCCGAUCAUGAUGCCUAUUCCAAUGGCAGCGUGUAUUCAAAUGACACAAGUCGGUUUGAAAGGUGAUAAUUUACACAUGUGCAUGGAUUUUGUAAUGAGACUCCACACAACUGACGCCAUGGAGCUUCAUUUCAAUUGCCUGUCAAUGGGGUUAGAUGGAUUUCAGUACCUCGAUCCAAAUGGCAAUCAAGUACUUCCUCGACUUGAAGAAGACGAAGGAAACAGUAUUGAUGAUGGUGAUAAUAGUGAAGAUGAUGAUUAUGAAUAUAAUGACACUGCUGAAGAAAGUCAAGACAAUUUAACAAACGAAGAGGAACAAAACUACGACGAAGAAAGUGACGAUGAUAGCGAUCAGAAUAAAGUCGUAGAUGAAACUGAUGAAUAUUAUGAAGAUACAGAAGAUCUCGAAAAUAAUGAAGUUGAAAACGAAGUUAUGGAGCAAGAUUUUCAGGAACAGAAGACGAAGAGCAAACAAGAAGCUCCAUCGACUGUGAAAAAUUAUAAUAGGGGUAAUCUUAUCAUAGUUUACGAGACUGACGUGUAAUAGAAAUUGUGAAACAAAAAAAACUUGUUGUAUAGUUUUAAAAUUUAUUGAAUUUAAGUAAUUUAUUUUAUUUAUCAGUUUAUAAUAUAAUUGUUAUUUAAUUAUAAAAUGUAAUUUAUUAAAUAAAACAAAAUAAGAUUUAAAGUGAUUCAUAUUCUU